UUGGAAGUGCCUCCUUCUGAAGACUCCCCUUGGCUCUUCGUGCCAUUUUUAUUACGCAUACGCCCCGCUGGUCGAUGUAGAAGUCAGAGUAGGGAGCUCAAGGCAGAUAGCCAUCUGCUCAGCUAUUUGUACGUUUCAGUUCGAAUUGUAAGUAUCGACUGAGCCCAAGAGACUGUCGCUGUUUGUAGGUACUUUAUUUAUGGGCUACUUGAAUCGGAACUAAUUGCCUGAAAUGCAAUUCGCUGACCCAUAGCUAAUCGGUUAAAACCCGAAAAUUAUUCCUAUCAUCAUUAUAUUGAUCGCUAAUACUGCCAGCUCACUAAAAACUGCGAGGAGUUCUAAAAACAAAUGAUUAUCGGGGAAAACAUGUGCGCUUCACAAAAUAUGUAAAUAAAUAAGAUCUGCGACUAUCUGUGGGUAAUGUACCGCCCCUCGGAUCGCUCGAACGAAACACUUUUAGUUCCCUCCCAGCAUCGAAGCGAUCCACACCUAUCAAGUAGAAUCAAAAUCCGAACUGGCCCCAAAAAAUUAACACGGCAAAAUGACAAACGUCAGCUGAAGUCGGUAGAAGAACGUAGUGGUUCAUUGGCCCCCCUCCCGAAUAAUAACUAAGCCCGUAGUCCAGAGAUCCGUUGGGGACUGGGAGUGGUCAUCAUGCGACGUCCAAAGAUAUCCCUCAAGAAGUACUUCUAUUUCACACUCAUCUGCGCCCUCCUUCUCAUCUUCGGUUUCAAUCUAAAAGAGCACGAAAUAUGGAAGACGCGGAGUCCCCGAUCUGCCCUGAUGUCUCAGCAGCAGCAGCACCAACAAGUGCAUCAGCUCCAGGCAGUGGAUGAGGAGCACCCGACGGCCACAAGUUCCACACCGACACCGGCGUCUGCCACCCUCCUCCCAGAGUCGUCUGCCAAUCUGGUCGACAUGCCUGAGCAGGCGGUGCUGGAGGAGGAGGAGAGUGAGGUGGAUCGGCAGGAUGCAGUACAGGCCAAGCCAUGGUUCUUCAAAAAUGGGGAAUACUAUCCGAAGCCGGCCAAGACCUACAGCAAUCGCAAGGCCCGGAAACGGCAUGCCCCACGGUUGCUGCCCCAUCAGGAUCCCCACUCCGACCGGAUACUCAACCAACUGAUGUACGUGCCGCACAACUAUGAGCAAAUCAAAUCCAGCGGCAAAGUGAAGACCAUUCUCCUGUACAAUGGUCUCGGUCCUUGGAACGUCAAGAAAGGACGCGAAGUCUUCCUGAAAGCCAAGUGCCCAGUGGACACCUGCGAACUGACUGCCAAUCGCGAUCUGGCCAGCUCGGCCGACAUGAUCCUCUACAAGGAUCACUACAUACCGACGGGCAUCCGGCGGCCCAGCAACUCCAAGCAGGUCAGCAUGCUGUACUACCUGGAGUGUCCAUAUCAUACACAGAAUGUCAAAGUUCCGGAUGCCAUCAAUUGGACGGCCACCUACAGGCGGGACAGUACCAUUGUGGCACCUUACGAAAAGUGGCAGUACUAUGACCCGAAGGUCCAACAACUGGAGCAGGAUCAGAACUAUGCGGUCAACAAAACAAAAAAGGUGGCCUGGUUUGUGUCCAACUGUGGGGCAAGGAACGGUCGCCUCCAAUACGCCCACCAACUGCAGAAGCACAUUGACGUUGAUAUCUAUGGGGCGUGUGGCAACUUCAAGUGCUCCCGGAGUACGGCGGACAAGUGCUUCGAGAUCCUCGACAACGACUACAAGUUCUACCUGGCGUUCGAGAACUCCAACUGCAAGGACUACAUCACAGAGAAGUUCUUCGUCAACGCUCUGAACCGGAAGGUCCUGCCGAUUGUGAUGGGAGCCCGUCCGGAAGACUACGAGGUGAGUGCUCCGCGUCGUUCCUACAUCCACGUGGAUGAGUUCGCCUCGCCGAAGGAACUGGCGGAGUACCUGCACAUCCUGGAUCGGGACGAGGAGCUGUACAACUCCUACUUCAAGUGGAAGGGCACGGGGGAGUUCAUCAAUACGUACUACUGGUGUCGGGUGUGCGCCACUCUGCAUAACGAGGAGCAGCUCCGGAAGCCCAGGUGGUACAGUGACCUCAAUGACUGGUGGCGGGGUGUCGGUGUGUGUACGACGGGAUCCUGGCGGAACUUCAAGGCGCGCAAGGACGUCAUCAGCGACGACUGAGUGCUCGAGGCUAUCCAGAUCGUUGGCAUGGACAUCACGUAGGUCAGAGUUCAUCGAUCGAUUCAGUGAGUCAGUCGCUUCUGAAUUGUUACUGUUUUCGUAGGCAUCUAAAUUUCUUACGGUCCCCCCUUACUGACCCUCUACAGGAUGGAUCGAUUUUUAUGAUUUUAAUUUCAAUAUCCUUUUGAUAUUAACUUUUAAAUGAAUAACUUCUACAAAUUUUAGCAUUUAAAUCGACCCAACCUAGGCUAUCUGUAUGUGUAAAGAAUUGCUUCGUUUUUGCCGGAGUUUUACGUAAAUGUUUUGUAGUUAGUUAGUAAGUAACCCAAUCCCCGGAGCUGGCGCCGCCCGAGGUAAUCAAAUCAAAUCGAAUAAUCAUACUAGCCCAUAGACUAAAAGAUCCCCGUGCAGAUCGUUGUAACAUAUACAAUACCAGAUGCAUAAGAGAACCUAGUAACCUAGCCUAGUUAUAUACGGAUAUACAAAUUAUAUAUAGAUCUAUAAUUUAUAUAGUGGUUUAAACUACAAGCAAGUCCAACUUAGAGCAUAAAAGACAAAAUAAAAGACAUGACGGGCAGUUAGUUAAAAAAAUAACAACACAUUCCAUAGCUAAACUGCAAUGGAGUAAGAAUCUGCUUAACAUAUAGCUUAGUUUAGAUCUUUUGUAAGUGUUUUUUGUAAGCAACCAGCAACUGAUGGAUCGUCCUAAGAUAUGUUGCCUGUUGACCGAGCACAUUAUAAUUUCUAUACUUAAUGUUCAGUUUUAGAUUUCACCUCCGUACUAGCCCGGCUUUUAGUUGAAACGUUAGCUGUAGUAGAGCUACUUGAAGAGGUUUCCCAGCCUAUUGACUAACUAAUUAAUAACUAUCUGUAGUAGAACCGAUUCGCACAAGCCAACAUAUAUAUCUCUGAGCUAAUACAAAUACUAUCUGCAUUCCUAUUUUUCACAAAACAUCACAUUGCGCAUUAAAGCGUGUGUUUUUUACGAUUUUUAGCCAUAUUUGUAUUUAUUGUGUAACAUUUAAUUUAUAAGUAUUGAAUAAUAUCAUAUGUGUGUGUAUUUUGAUUGUGAACUUGUUUAAUUUUUAAUUUUUACUGUGAUACAAAAAAGAAUAAUUAUAAUAACAAGAAUUAAACAAUGGCAACAUACUAUAAACGA